CAAGAAUUUCAUCAGUUGCUGCUGUGAAAUGGAUUGGCUAUAGUUGAAAUGAGUUAUUAAUGAAGAGUAUUUUCAUGAGGGUUUUGUUCUGCAAGAUCCAUUGUCCUUCAUUCAUUUGCUUCUGCAAGCCCUCUGCUGCUCACCUUUACACUCCAGGGCCAUUGAAAUUGGAAAAUACGCAUGGACUCUCAUCAGCCGUGUGUGCUACAGAUGCAUCUGAUCAUAUAGCUCGUGGAACCAAUGAGGUCAAAGAAGAGAAUUCAGAGGGGAAACAAGAAGCUGAGGAUGUUCCCAGAAGCUGUAUUAGGAAGGCCCCUUUGGAAUCGGGUGCUCCGAAAAAGGCCGAGAAGAAGCGAGUUCAAUGGUUGGAUAACUUUGGGAAAGAACUAGUUGAGAUCAAAGAAUUUGAAUCCAGUGAAACAGGCGAUAUUGACAACGAAGAAUACAAUAGGGGUUGUGCUUGCAUUAUUCUAUGAUACUGCUUAACCGGCUUCAAACAGCAAAUUCCUGCAGUGGCUACAGUCUAGUUCAGGAGUGACCACAAAAAAGAAUGAUGAUAAGAAAGCUUUAUGCUCGCAAUUACAUUCUACAAAAUUUGGACUUGAUUCACAAAAGAAUUGUGCCAGAGAAAAUCUCAUCUUCUCGUUGCCUAUUUGUACUAUGCUGUAGGCUCUGAACUCGGAAUAAAGAACUUUUUGUGGGAGUUCAGCUUAAACAAUUGCCAUCCAUUUGUAAGAAGUAAAGCCAUUGUUUCAGUCAACAACUAUAUUUAAUUCUUCUUCUG